AUGUUUGUGUGCAUUUGUUGCGGUGCUCAGGCUCCAAAUGUAUACACUCGGUACUCAAAGGAAAUAAUUAACCUCCAGUUGUGUGGGCGUUGCGGGAGAAUAGUCGAUAAAUAUGUUGAAUACGACUUCACGAUUAUAGCGAUAGAUCUGUUGGUUUACAAAAUCGAGGCCUAUCGACACAUUCUUCGGAACGUUGAUUUUCCGAGAAUUUUUCACCUUUUGCUUCUUAGCUGUAUCCUGAGUGGUUUUCUUGGUUGGAUCUGCACAGAAAAUUUCGACCACUUUGACGCGGAUACUAUCCACGCAGCAAUGUUUAUAGGAAUAUGUUGUCUAUGUAUUUGCUUUCUUCCUGUUCAAUCAAUUCUCGCUCUCAAUUACCAAGUGUCUGUGCAAUUGGGGUCCUCAUGGAAAGAAACGCCAAUUAUUGCUGAAGCAGCGGAGUUCUUGGCUCAGCUAUCAUCGAACCAUUUUUGGGACUUUGUUGAUAGUCUGGAAUAUCUGUCAAAAACUAAUGGUUCAUCCGAUUUGUUUUCGUCAAGUGAGAAAAUUUCACUGGAUGCGAUGCGAGAGCUUGAAGAAACAAUUUUAAACGUCCAAGGUGUGCCAGUGGAUACGGAUGGUAAUCGCGACUUGCAGAGACGCCUGUUUAGUCUGACUCUGGCUUCUAGGGCCCUAUCACCAGCAGUUCAGACGGCCAAUCAUAUGGCUAGAGUGGCACAUUUUCAGUGGUUUUUCGACAAGUCAGAGGUUUGCAAAGGCAGUAAGACGUGGGGUCGCAUCGGUUCCACGUUCAUAUGUAAUUUGGAAAUUCUUGAAGACUCCGUUAGGAAGGCCUCUUUAGCCUGUUCAAAUGGCUGUCCCGAAUCAUUAGCUGAUUCCGCAUUACUUUCUGAUAAUGUUUACCCAACUAAGAAUGAGUCAAACGCUGUUCCGCGUUUGGUUAUACAUGGCGACCUGCGAUGCAAAGAGUUUUACGCUUGGCACAAGAAGGCAAAGCAGCUUGCAGAGGAGAAUCGGAUUGUUUACAUCUUUAGACACUUUUUCAAAACCGCCUCUUCAUCAAAAACAUGGCUAAAUGGAUAUGGCGUCGCAUUAUCUUUAAAGAGUACCGAGUAUAAAGCUAUGGAUGACAAAAACAGUGAGGGUAGUAAAGACAUGUCUGGUGAUACGCCAGAUCUAAACGAGACAGGGUCCACGCUACAGGGAUUUAAUUUUACCCAGCUGCGUGCAAACUAUCCCCAUUUGACAACUGAAUUAAACGCCUUUCAAAGUCAUCUCAUCACUGGCAUCACGGAAGUGAAGCCCCUCAGAGCCUGGCAGAUGCAAGAUCUCGGCUUACAAGCCGCCCAAACCAUUAUGGAUGUUGCCAAUGAAAGUCGCAAUGACAUCGCUGGCUUACUAAUGCUACAGGAUAUAAGCCAGAACUUCCCUUCCCGUGCCUACCAAUUAUCGCAGCACAAAGUGUCCACAAAACUGAGAGAUGAGAUAAAAUACAAUCAGGAAGCCCUUGAGCACCUCUAUGGCAUACGGCCAGGGAGUAGCCUUCUUCUUCUUAAUGGAUUGGCUCUUUCACCGGACAUUGACAUUUACGCCCUCUUGGAUCUUCUGCGCUCUGAGAGCCGCCUCCUCAACCAGCUUCAUGGGCUCGGGCUCUCGACUGGCCAGGCAACGCAGUUGUUGCAGGCUUCUCCCAAAGGUGAAGACUCCUAUCGCCUUAGCACCUUCAUGGAGAGCUACAAGCACACAGUCACUGGUGAACAUCUUCUAGACAUGCGUAACGCACCAAUUCUGUUCCUGAACGACCUUGAGCGAAAUUCCGGCUACAACAGUUGGAUGGCCAGCAUACACGCCCUCUUUACGAUGGGUCCACCGGGUGCUUUGCGCCAUAUCCGGAAGAAUCUUUUCAACGUUGUGUUUGUUGUCGACCCCUCGCAACCAACUUCCAUUGAAAUGCUUAAAUUGGCUGAAAUCAUUAUUAUGAAGAAGGUUCCCAUUCGCAUUGGUCUCCUGUGGUCUGUGAAUCCUGAGGUGGAGUCUGUGAGUCGAAGCAUGGUUCGCGCUUUUAACUACCUUGCAAGUAACGUUAAAACAUAUCCAAAUCGUCGUGGCGUCACGCCAGGCCUCGGCAAUCCUGGCGCCAUUACUGCACUUAAUUUCCUUACCGACCUCUAUGCCAACUCCAACAACGGUGACAAAGACCUGCUCACUAAUGACUUUGUCAAGACUGAGUUCGAAAGCAGUUUUCCUGAAGCCUACCAUGAGGACGUUUUUGUUGAACCGGGGUUUCAGUGUCCCUACGAUGCUGAAAUUAAGAAUCACUACGACUACUUGGACAUAAGUGGUAUUAGGCAGUCUGUGGGCUCUUCCAGCCUCAUUUCCAAUGGGAUGGUUUUCUCCAUGGAUGGAAUCAGCAAGAUGGGCGGCUUGCAGGAGACCAUCAUGACAGCUGCGUUGGAACAGACUACCUACUUCCAGCAAGCCGCCCUUGAGGGUCGACUACACGACAGUUUGUCCGUGGUGGAUUUGUUCACGGCAGAUGACCUGUUUGUCUCUCGGGUGAACCACCGUCUCUUGCCCAUCUUGCCUCCUCUGGUCAAUAAAUUUUCUCUUGGGGAUGGGUCUGAUGACACUUCUGUGACUCCCUUUCUCCACUUUGGUCGGUUUAAUGUCCCCAACGGAGGUUUGGAUAUGAAGAAUGCAUCAGCUGGGGAAAUCACAAAUUAUUUGGCUGAUGAAAUGCGCUAUCUACAAAAAGGUGAACUUGAGAGCGAGACCCGUGCAAAUACGGUGUGGGUAGUGCUUGGCGAUGUGGAACCUUCGGCUGGCGUCAUCUCCAGCCAUAGUCUCCAACUGCUUGCACAGGCGGCCAGGUUCAUGCGCCGGCAUGCGGCCAUGGGUACACGCCUUGGCCUCGUCCUCAACCCCUCUCGUCCUCCGACUGGUCAGGCGGUUAACAUCUGGGGUGGUUGGGGCUGGCUCACUCGGGCCCUCCUGAUCAUUGGUCAUCCAGCUGAGCGCAUGCUUCAUCCAUCCACUGUCGAACAGUCCCAAAAGUAUAUGAAUAUCAUGGCGGCCAAAAACUUUGUCAUCAAAAUCACCGAAGAGGCUCUCAAGGUGGUACGAGGCGAAAUGAAGGGAGUUCGUCCGCUUUCCGAAUUGGCUGUCACAGGUCUUGAGGUUGACAAAUUCCUACAAGCCUUCACUGAGCUCGAUCUGGACCAAAAACUCUCUCUGCAUAUGACCUUCUGUCAGAAGGCACUUCGCAUGCAACCGGGCGACUCCGCGGUUAUUAUUAAUGGUCGUGUUUAUGGUCCCUUGGGAGACAACGAAAUUUUUGCCUCGGAGGACUUCCGACUGGCCGAGAAGCUCUCUAUCAGGAGUGCAGGUAUGGACGAAAUGGCUAAACGCCUCACUAAAAUGGUUCCUGACACAACUUCUUCUAAUUACGUCUCUGAACUCGUCUGGAGGGCGGCUUCUGUACUAGAAUCAGCCAAGUGGCGACUGAACGCUUUCGCCAAAAGUCUAUCUUCGGAGGGUAUAUUCACAAGUAGUGGCAUCUCACGCAUGACCUUCAGAGGCACAAAGUCGACUUAUUCAGCGUUCACGCUACCUGCAAAGAACGCUGGUUUGAAUUAUGAUAUUGUCGCUCUGGUGGAUCCAGUCUCGCGAGACGCACAACGCCUCUCCCAAAUACUGCUCGUCUUACAAAGAUCCCUCCCUUGUAGCAUCACCGUCAUUUUAAACCCAGUAGAUGGACUCAGUGAUCUUCCCUUGAAGAAUUACUAUCGCUUCGUCUGGCAUCCGAGUCUCUAUGCUCCAGGUGGGGGUCUGGCCGAUCCUCCAUCGGCAUUUUUUGACCAGCUGCCUGGGCAAUCCCUUCUCAUCCUCGGUGUCGACGCACCCCACAACUGGAUGGUGGCGCCUAUUCGAGCCGAGGAGGAUUUGGACAAUUUGCGGCUUGCCGAUAUUGCCGCUCACACUGGCAAUCAUCGAGUCGAUGCGGAGUUCGAGUUGGAGUACCUCCUGCUCGAGGGUCACUGUCUGGACGAGUCAACCAGGCAGCCUCCCAGAGGCCUCCAGUUCACUCUCGGAACGGCUGAAAAGUUGGACCGCUAUGAUACCAUUGUAAUGGCGAAUCUGGGUUAUUUUCAACUAAAGGCGAAUCCCGGCGCUUGGCAUCUUAACUUGAGGGAAGGUCCAUCGCGUGAUAUCUACAACAUCAUCGGACACGAAUAUGCAGAUAGCCCCCCAGAUGUGCCCUCUCUAAUAGCUGUCAUCGACAGCUUCCGUCCGAAGAUAAUUCGCACCGAUGUUCAGAAGAAACCGGGUCACCUCAGGGACAGUGUUUUAGACGUGAAUGAAGGUGAAGCGAAGUUGUCCAGUGACGACAGCAAUCGGGGGAAACCUCUUGAGAAACUUUGGUCCGUUGUUGACAGUACACUAAAUUUCAUCAAAAAGUCUUCAUAUGCAUCUGAGGAUCCGGCAAGAAAUCCGAACAAUGAAACCAUCAACAUAUUUUCUUUGGCCUCCGGGCACCUCUAUGAACGUUUCCUUCGCAUUAUGAUGCUCAGCGUGAUUCGGAACACGAAAUCGCCUGUCAAAUUUUGGUUUCUGAAGAACUACCUGUCGCCCUCCUUCAAGGAGUUCAUUCCCCACAUGGCUGCCGAGUACGGCUUUGAGUACCAGUUAGUGCAGUACCAGUGGCCUCGUUGGUUGCAUGCUCAGGCGGAAAAACAACGCAUUAUUUGGGGCUACAAAAUCCUUUUCCUCGAUGUCCUCUUCCCCCUUAGUGUCAAAAAGAUCAUUUUCGUCGAUGCCGAUCAGAUCGUGCGUGCAGAUUUGCAAGAGCUGGUGAACCUCGAUUUGGAGGGUGCACCAUACGGCUACACACCGUUCUGUGAUUCACGGAAGGAGAUGGAGGGUUUCCGUUUCUGGAAAAGCGGCUACUGGCAAUCCCACCUGGGUGGUCGCCCCUAUCACAUAUCCGCGCUCUACGUGGUUGACCUGGUCCGAUUCCGCAAGAUGGCCGCUGGCGAUCGUCUGCGUGGACAAUACCAUGCCCUUUCAAAGGACCCAAACAGUUUAGCUAACCUAGAUCAGGACCUUCCCAACAAUAUGAUUCACCAAGUGCCAAUCAAGUCACUUUCCCAAGAUUGGCUCUGGUGUGAGACGUGGUGUUCGGACGAGGGCAAGGCGCAAGCCAAGACAAUUGACCUUUGCAACAACCCAAUGACUAAGGAGCCCAAACUCUCCGCCGCAAUGCGAAUUAUACCCGAAUGGAAGGACUAUGAUAAUGAAAUCACCGCCCUCCAAAAUCGCUUUGCUGAUGUGAAGAAAAAUACGUCCAAGGAGCACACCACUUCCGACUCACUUCUAACGCAAGGUAUUACAGGGAAGGAUGAACUGUAG